AUGCUGCGGAUGCGUGCAGUGUCGGGGGAAGACAUCGAUGCCUUUGACUUGGCGAACUUCCUCGAGUCCGUGCCUGAAGGCAUGCAUCCUGUCCGGGCAUUGAAGCACCGCUUGCAAACCUUGUGCGGACUGUCAAGGUUCAGGCAAAGGCUUUGGUUUCUGGAUGGUGAUGUCGUUCUUGAUGACGAACAUGCGGUGAGACCCGGCGAAGUUCAGGUGGUACUUCUAAGCUUCUGCUCAUCAUCUCAAGAGCAAAUGAACGCACUCUGGGAUGCCGCAAGAAACGGCCGAGCAGCAGAAGUGGAAAGUAUUUUACAGAGGCCGCAAGACCCAGAUGACAAGGCCUGGAGCCUUGGCCUCACUCCGUUGUUCAUGGCAGCUCACCACGGACACUUGAAAGUUGUACGGCUUUUACUGGAGGCCAAUGCAGACAAGGACAAGGCCGUGGAAAUUGGUGCCACUCCUUUAUACACCGCAGCUCAGAAAGGACAGUUGGAGGUUGUACGGCUUUUACUCGAGGCCAAUGCAGACAAGGACAAGGCCGUGCGAAGUGGCGCCACUCCUUUGCACAUCGCAGCUCAGAACGAAAAGUUGGAGGUUGUACGGCUUUUACUGGAGGCCAAUGCAGACACGGACAAGGCCGUGGAAGAUGGCUGCACCCCUUUGCACACUGCAGCUCGGAAAGGACAUUUGGAGGUUGCACGCCUCUUGCUGGAGGCACAUGCGGACAAGGACAAGGCCAAGGAUGACGGAGCCACCCCCUUGUUCAUAGCAGCUCAGAACGGACAAGCGGAGGUUGCACGGCUUUUGCUGGAGGCCAGUGCGGACAAGCAGAAGGCCAUUAAUGAUGGCAGCACCCCUUUGUCCAUCGCAGUUCAGAAUGAUCACUUGGAGGUUGUAUGCCUUUUGCGUGACGGAGGCCAAUGCGGAGGUUGA